AAGAUGGCGACACCGACCAAGAAACAGACCGCCUGCUGGGUCAACAGAGGUCAGACGACCCCGGGUUCUACGAUGAAAAGGGUUGGCGACGACCGAAAACCCGAACUGUCAUGCCCCGGGCAGCCAAUCAUAAGGCGAAUGGGGGCGGGGCCACAAGCAACGGCUCCACCCCCUCCACGCCCAUUGGUCAAGGUCACCAAGUUUCAGCCAAUCAGACACCUUCCACGCCGCCGGAUAUGGCGGCCUCAAAUAAGAAUAAGAAUAAAAAGGAAAAGGAAACCAACAAGAAGAAAGGACGGUCUAAAGAAGUGAUGAUCCAUGAACCUGCAGUGUUGAUUGAAGGAGUUCUGUUCCGUGCUCGGUACUUAGGCUCAACACAGCUGGUCUCCGAAGGGCAGCCCACCAAGACCACUCGGAUGAUGCAAGCAGAAGAAGCAGUUUCACGGAUAAAGGAUGCAGAUGAUGAUAAGGAAGCGUUGGUGGAUAAUCAUGACCCACAACCACCCCCGGGUCCCCCACACUCUGCAAGCCCACAGGAGUCUCCCAUCUCCCAUCACUCUCCUGUACCUCCUCAGACAGCAGUAAAUUCAAGUUCAUCCAAGGAAUAUAGUUCACCCAGGAAUCUGCAUUCCCCAAGAGAUUCAAAAACCUCAAGGCCCCAUCCUUCGCCUAGAGCCCAAGCCAGUCCACAGGUAAUUCAUUCACUGCAAACAGGCCAAGGCUACAGCCCAAAGUCUCCUGAAAAUAUGACCUCUAGGAACACCUCAGCUUGGAGACCAAUGCCACGGAUGUCUCAUACCAUGGCAGCUUGCCCAUAUGUGUCUGAAGGAAAUUCAGGCCAUUCCAAUGUGACAAUUGUGGCUCCUUUACCAACUGGUAUUCUGGAAGAGCCCAUUGGAUCUUCAGAAAAUAUUGUAACUAUCAUAGAGCCAAAAGAGCCACAACAGCAGCAACAGGCAGAUAUUAGGGAUGGCAAAACCUAUAAUGAAAGUAAGGCAGAUGAGAGGGAAGAUGUUGAUAAUGAUGGUGAAGAGGAGGAGGUGGAGGAAGAGGAGGAGGAGGAGGGAGUAGAAGAAGAUGAAGCAGAAGUGGAAGAUGAAGAGGAGGAGGAAGAUGAAGAUGAAGAGGAGGAAGAAGAGGAAGAUGAAGAGGAGGAAGAUAGAAGAGAUGAUGAACGGAAAGUCAUAAGAGCAGAUGAUGAAACAGAAGGGGAGGGUGAUAAAAAUGAGAGUAUUGACAGUGAAGAUCAGUGCAUAGAAGUCCUGACGGUAGUCCCAGGAGCCAGUGGAACCACCCCAGAUGAUAGGGAUGAGGAACUGGAUAUAGAUGGAGGUGGUGGGAGCUUGGACUGGGUGUCUGAGGAGGGUGGGGGACCAGGGCUUGGUCCUGCUGGGACAGUAUUCCACCUGCGCCUGGUUGGAUCGGUGGAUGUUGCUGAGGAGUCAGGUAAAGCGCCUGCGCGCAAGACUACCACUUGUAAGCGGCCCAAGAAGGAUAUGGUCAUGGAGGCCGUUUCACGUUUAAAGGCGUUGGCCCCUGAUGGAGAGUCACAGCCCAGCACAGAAGUAGAUCUUUUUAUAUCCACGGAAAAGAUCAUGGUGCUGAACACAGACCUAAAAGAGAUCAUGAUGGAUCAUGCCCUCCGUACUAUCUCCUACAUUGCUGACAUUGGAGAUCUUGUUGUUCUAAUGGCAAGAAGGAGAGUUCUGCCCACAGAUGAUACUGGCAACAACAUACAAAAGACACCUAAAAUGAUUUGCCAUGUAUUUGAAAGUGAUGAGGCACAGUUUAUAGCUCAGAGUAUUGGUCAAGCAUUCCAAGUUGCAUACCUCGAGUUUCUGAAAGCUAAUGGCAUAGAAGAUCACAGCUUUGUGAAGGAGAUGGAUUAUCAGGAAGUUCUAAAUUCACAAGAGAUAUUUGGGGAUGAACUGCAAAUGUUUGCCAAGAAGGAGCUGCAGAAAGAGGACCUAUAUAUCACAAAAACGGUUGUGGUACCAAAGAUGAAGAGUGAAAUCUUGGGUGUGGUGGUUGUCGAGUCGGGUUGGGGAUCUAUGGUCCCAACUGUGGUCAUAGCAAACCUCUCACCAACGGGUGCUGCUGCGAAGUGUGGCCAGUUAAACAUCGGUGACCAAAUAAUAGCUAUAAAUGGUGUUUCAUUAGUGGGAUUGCCCCUUUCAACUUGCCAGAACUAUAUAAAGAACACAAAGUAUAACACAGCUGUCAAGCUUACAGUUGUACCCUGUCCACCUGUUGUUGAAGUGAAAAUUCGAAGACCUGACACAAAAUACCAAUUAGGUUUUUCUGUACAAAACGGUGUUAUCUGUAGUCUGUUACGAGGUGGAAUAGCAGAGCGUGGGGGUGUACGUGUUGGUCAUCGUAUUAUUGAUAUAAAUAGUCAGUCUGUGGUUGCUGUUCCUCAUGAAAAAAUUGUAAAUCUUUUGGCUACUUCUGUUGGUGAGAUCCGGAUGAAGACCAUGCCUACUUCAAUUUUCCGCCUGUUAACUGGCCAAGAAACUCCACAGUAUAUAUAGUGCUUCACCUUUUGUGCUGUCCAUGCAUACUAAGUGCCACAGCCAUUCUCUCUCUCUGUGUGGGUGGAUUAGUGUGUGGGUGGAUCCAAGAGGGUGCCAUUCAAAUUAUCUGCACAUUGCUUUCUGACAACCAAAUGUGGCCAGCAUUCUCAUCUCAAAAAACUCAUAUAGUGAAAAUUACACAAAACCUCGGGAAAAAAGUCCAGUAAAAGCUGGAGGACACUGCUCUCUGCAACAUGAAGAUCUAUGACCUAAAUGAUUAAUAUACAAGGAGCCACUUUAUUGUUUCCAAAGUAGCACUAUGCUUACAGUAUAUACCAUGUGAAACAUGUUGGUUUGAAAGUAGGGUAUAGGUGGAUAAAUUUUUGAAAAUUUAGUCUCUAAAUAUAUGAUAGCAUGUUUGGAUUAAGGGCUUGUUUCUUAUAUUCCAUUAAUGGAGGUAAAAAAAUAUUUUAUACCACAAAAAGAGAAACAAUUUAAUUUCAUUACUGCAGCACUAAAAUAAAAACUGAAAAAGCAUAAGUGUAAUGACAAUUUGCUUAUUUCUUUGUUUAGUGAAAAGUUAAUGCCCAGAAAAUUUUCAUUAAAAUAUAGAAUAAAAUUGAUCCUUUGUCCACACCGCUGCCUAAUCAAAUAUCCAGUGGCAAGAGAAUAAUGAAAGGGUUCAAAUCCAAUCUAUGUAUUAUACAUUUUUUUAAAAGUUAUUAUAAGAGGAAGCACUGUAAUAAAGAUACUACAGAAUAGAUUACAAAUAAGAGAACAUUAUAAGGAUUGUAAGAAUGAAUGGAAGAGUUCCAGCUGUGUAAUAAAAUUAAUAUUCAAGCUUCUGGCUGUGCUUUGAUUACAUGGCAAAUGGCAAAAAUGGCAUGAUUUUUUCAAUAACAUUGUGAUUUGAAGUGCAUUUAGGCUUUAGAAAUACAUUUCAUUGUGUAACUGGUUUUCCACUUGCAUAGAUUAGGUAAUAUAUAAAAGAAAUGCCUUCAAAUGAAGUACUAUGGUAUCACUCUUAGUUAGGAAUAGCUACUACAAUAUAUAUGGUACCCUUUUAUUUGUGUGUGGAUGUAACAAUUGUAUCAGACAGCUGAGUUCAAUAAGACAAUUCAGCUAACCACAUGAAAAAAAAUUAUUUCAUAAGUCAGAGACUGAACAAAAUGUUUCACUUGAAUAAUUUAAACUUUAGCAAACUACUAAGUGUUGCUAAGAAACAGGGAAUAUUUUAUUGUUCUUAGCCUGGGAAAAAUUAUAUUUUUAUUUAGUCCCUAUUAUGAAUAGUCUACUGUGAGCUUAUAUGACCAUUUGAUAUUAAUUACUCAAAGCUAUAGUACCUCGUAAACAGAAAAAUCCUGCAGUUUAAUAAUGCUUUUAAAAUUAAUAUUGAAAGUUCAUAUUUUUUACUUUAUUCUUAUUAUUCCUUCAAAAUAUAAGUUAGUUAUAUUUUCACAGUCACUGCACAAGUAUUUUAGUUCAAAGUGUAAAUUUGCUUCUGUCCAGGGAAAACUCCGCAAAACUGACAAAGUAUAGUAUCUGAGAGUAUUGUGAUGGUAAGUAAAUGACUGUAUAUCAUAAACAAAGAAAAGAAUAUAUAUACAUAUAUACAAUAUAUGCAGCCAAAUUUACUUUGCCUUUAUUUGAAGGUAAUGACUUGAAAGUUGUGCAUACAAUUUUCCCUUUCCUGAUAAUUAAAAUUUAAGUUUAUAUA